UCAUGUGCAUCCAAUGGAUGUUCAAAUGGCAGUAUUUCACUGCUCAGACAGCUUUUUUAAGCAGAACAUGAUUACAAAGCUAUCACAAUGUCAGUACGCCUUACCGUUGCUUGUUCCUGACCCAGUCACAAUGGAUAUUGACUGUCCUCUGUGGACAUUCAGACAAAUAAGAAAAACAUGGAAGAUAAUUGAAAUCAAAGAUAAUUCAAACAUUGUCACCAUGAAGAGUUUUCCCAUCUGCAAAGCUGAGACACCCAUGGUGUCAUUUCUCCGCCUGGGUUCACUAUCUCUGUCUAAAUCUCAGCUGAUGAACACUUUGAUCAACGACCGUCACAACACCUUCUUCCACAGAAACUGUCCAGGUAGCACCAAGUCUCGUCAUCUGAUGGAUGGUGUGGCAGAGAUUGCCUGGUACUGCCCUGCUGGAAAACCCAAUGAUGCCUUCACUGACUGCAUUGCCUUCUGUAAUCUUCAUGGUGAUGCUCUGUCAAUUGAAAAACAGCGGGACAUACUGAUGGAAAAAUCUUCAGUCAAUGUCGUUCUUGUACCAACUCUGGAAAAAGGUGACAAAAGUUCUGCAAUCAUCUCAGCCCUUCUCAAGUCUCCGACGCCUCUCAUUAUUCUUAUUGCUGAUAAUAAUUGUAUUGCGACUCAGAUGAAAGGUGGAAACUACACAAUUGGACUAAAGGAGAGAAGCAAGUCAGAUGUUUCUGAAGAGCUGAAAAAAGUCAUUGGAAGAAUCUUGUCUGGACCCCAUGCAUCCUUCCAGCUUGAAACCAUGACUGAGGUCUCUGGAAUCAGAGUGGAUGAAGAUGACAAAGUCUGCCAAAAAGGGAAAUCUGAUGCAGUGAAAAUUGUGAAGUUGUUUCAGGGGAUGGGAGUUUCAAAGAUCAAAGAUACAUUUCUCCCUUGUCAAGGCCAACUGUGGCAUAAGUGGAGCAGAAUAAACAAAGCACUGUAUCAUCUCAAAGGACACAUUGAGAAGGAGAAAUGUCAAAAGCAACAGGAACUGAUGCUAAUACGACAAGAGCAAUGCACUGCUUCUGGUAGUAAACCGAUGAAGUUGUUCAUUAAAGGCCUCUCAUCUUUGCCAUCAACAGACAAGCAGUAUUUCCUGAAGUGGACUCAGAUCUUAAUAGAUGCCCUCUCCACAGAUGAUCUUACUUCAAUUCUCCAAAGCUAUGAUAAAACGUGGUCUGAGGUCUUGGAUUUGAAGAAGAAGCAUGACAAAUCUUAUCUGUUGAGAAAUACGCAAACUGAGCUUGAUCAAAUAUCAACAAAACUACAGUCAGCAACUUUUGGCUUGGAGCACAUCUUUAGAGAAAUGGGACAGAUCUAUGAAGCACAUGCAUCUCUGCAGGAACGAACAAAGAGGGGACAGACUGACUGGUCUAAAUACCCUGAGCUGGCUGCAGAGCUGAUGAUAUCAGGACACCCAAUGGAGCUGAUGGAUGGUGAUGCAGGUCAUGUGCCUUUGACUUGGAUCUGUAGUCUUUUAGAUGAAGUCAUAAAGAAACUGGGCGACAAGAGAGUUUUUGUUUUGUCUGUUUUAGGCGUACAAAGCAGUGGAAAAUCAACAAUGCUGAAUGCCAUGUUUGGGUUACAGUUUGCAGUGAGUGCUGGCAGGUGCACCAAGGGUGCCUUCAUGCAGCUGGUCAAAGUGUCAGAGGAGAUCAAGGAAGACUUUCAGUUUGACUAUGUUCUGGUGGUGGACACUGAAGGACUGCGUGCUCUUGAGUUGGAAGGUAACGCCACUCUUCACCACGACAAUGAACUGGCAACAUUUGUUGUUGGUCUGGGAAACAUGACACUGAUCAACAUCUUUGGAGAGAAUCCAGCUGAGAUGCAAGAUGUUCUGCAGAUUGUUGUUCAGGCGUUCAUGAGGAUGAAGAAAGUUAAACUUUCUCCAAGUUGUGUGUUUGUUCACCAGAAUGUUACAGAUAUUGCAGCGGCAGAGAAAAACUUGGAUGGAAAGAGACGGCUGCAAGAAAAGCUGGACCAGAUGGCCAAACUAGCAGCCAAAGAAGAGGUCUCUGAUGCUGAGUGUUUCAGUGACGUCAUUGCUUUUGAUGUGCAGAAAGAUGUGAAAUACUUUGCCCAACUAUGGGAGGGAAGUCCACCUAUGGCUCCUCCAAAUCCAGGUUACAGUGAGAGCAUCCAAGAGCUGAAGAACUUCAUCCUCUCUAAAGCUUCACAGUCUGCUGGGAUUACUCUCUCACAAUUUAAAAGCAAAAUUCAUGACCUGUGGAACGCCCUGAUGAACGAAAACUUUGUUUUCAGUUUCAAAAACACACUUGAAAUUGCAGUGUACAGAAAACUUGAGGUCCAGUAUGGGAACUGGACCUGGGCCCUGAGGAGCAACAUGUUGACCAUUGAGAACGCGCUUCAUACCACGAUUAAAAAUGGAAACCUUGACAAGGUCGAGCUCAAAUAUCUUCAUAAAGAAAUGAACAAAACCUACGGAGAAAUCAAAAAAGCAAUGACAACAUACUUUGAUGAUGACAAAGACAAAGAAAUGUUGGUUCAGUGGCGAGGACAAUUUGAAAACAAAAUCAAGGAGUUUCAUGAUGAACAAGUGAGAGGAGUUAAAAGAAAACUGGAUGAAGUCCUCCAGCAGAAGAAUGCUUGUAAAAAGUUGGAUGAGAAGAAGACAGAGUUUGAGAACAAGCUGCUACAAAAGAGCAAAGAGCUCGCUCAACAGUUAAAGGACAAGGCAAAAGAUGAAGAGGAACUCAAGAAGCACUUCAACUCUGUCUGGAGUGACUUGGUCAGUGAACUAACUGCAGAUACAAAACCCAUUGAGGACAUCAACUAUGAAGAAGAUCAGUCAACUAUUCUUGAGGAGCUUGGUUUUGAAUGGUGUCUAAUAGAUGAAUCCAAAAGCAGUGGCAAAUACAAAAAAAUAUCAGAGGUUGGUGAUUAUGAUCAUUAUGUAACCAUCACAAAGCACAGAGACCUCUGUGAUACAAGCCACCAAUCACAAGGAGAUGAAAGGAAAAACAAGAACAAAAAAGGGCAAGGGUUAGUGUCAACUGUCUGGGUGUCUCUUAAAAAAAUUAUUGGAAUUGUGUCAACACCACAAGUUGAAAAACAUACAUCAGGGAGAUUUCUCUCAUAUGAAGAACAGCAGCUGAUCAGAAUCCUCAUUGGCGAUGUUGAACAACAGACCAUAGACAUAAUUAAGAAGAAGCCUGUAGCUGCAAUAGGCUACAGUCUAACUUACUUGAGAGAAGUGGCCAACAAUGUAAAAGAAAAAGUGACAGAAUUUGAAUCAAAGAGGAAAUAUGCUCUAAAGAAGGAGUUUACAGUUGAUCUCAUACUGUAUGUGUUUCACAGAGCAGAGAGUUUGCUUUCAGAGUCCCACAAGAAAUUCAAAGGAAACAAUGAUGCACUCAGUUACGUAGAAAGCAAGAAAAUGCAAUAUUACAACAUUUUCAGAAGCUUCUGCAAAGGAAACUCAUCUGCUGUUGUGCUUGGAGAACUGAUGUGUGAAAAACUGAAGGUUUCCACUGUUGAGGCUGUCUGUAACAAGACUGCCAUUGAUCUCGCUGGAGAGAUGAGGUGCACUUUCCCAGCAUUCAGUGGGAACAGGCUGAACCUGGAGAAACAUGUGUUAAAGUCACUGGCUGAGAAAGAAGACUUUGAUGGUUUUAUCACCUACAUCCGACACCCAAGGAACCAAGUAGAGGCUUUUAUAAAAGAGGAAGUACAGAAAUACAUCUUCAGAGACAAUAAAGAUAAAGCACGGAAUAUACUCAAGAAAAAUGUUGAAGACAUUAAAACCCUUGUGAGUCAAGCUUUAUUUGAUGCUACAGAGAAAGUCAAAAAACAAAGUGGAGACCCAGACAUGUGGGUGAAGGAAUUUUCAAGUUUACUAAAAAAGGAGCUAACAUUUGACACCAUCAGUUGUCAACACUUAAGUGACAUAAACGAUUUUGACUUUCUAAAAGAAGAGACAGAGAAAGGCCUUGUAUCUGUCAUAGAGGAAGUGAGCAGCCUCUCACUGGAUAAGAUGAAGGAAUUCAGGAUGAAGCCUGAUCAAAUCCUCAUCGAUCAGCUGUGUAACUGUUGCUGGGUAACGUGUCCAUUCUGUGCAGCUGUUUGUACCAACACAUUGAAAGAUCACAGUCCUGACAAACACAAUGUCCCUUUCCAUCGGCCCUCUGGGAUUAAAGGAUGGCACACUAGAGGGACGGUGGAACUGGUCACUAAUUUCUGCACAACAUCAGUUGCAAGUGAUGGACGUUUCUGCCCCCAACAUGACUCAGAUGAGAGUAUUCCUUAUAAAGAGUAUCAAAGUGCUGGGGAGAAGUAUUCUUCAUGGCAGAUUACUGCUGAUGAGUCUAAGCUGACAUACUGGAAAUGGUUUGUCUGUCGAUUUCAAAAACAACUGGAAGACUACUAUGAAUUAAAAUUCCAGGGAAGAGGAGAUAUUCCCAGUGAGUGGAGAAACUACAGUAAACAAGAAGCUAUUAAAAGUCUGGAUGACAUGUAUGAUCUGUGAGUGAGCCAGAAACAACCAGGACCCUACUCAAAGUAACAGAAAGCCCUAAGUGCCUUUAGCGGUUUAAAAGAAAUAUAAAUUAUUUAUUUGAUUGAAGUUCAACAAUAGCAAUAAUAAAGAUAAAGUGAUUCCAAAAUGAAUGAAACAGUCACCGUCUAUAAUUUAUGUAAUUAAAAAACAAAUUAAGUCGAGUGAGGUGCAGUAUAACUUUAGUAGAAAAGAGUCCUGAAAAUGUCCUGAAGCAAAGAAAACAGCGUUUGAUUUAAGUUUUUUUUUUAUUGAAAUGUUUUUCUUUAUUUUACAAGAUGAUAAAAAUGCAAUGUGUACGUGAAUAUUUAAAGAAAAAGUUAUUCAAAGAAGGAAUCGAGUUUCUAAGUUGUCAUAUUACAUAUAAUUAAUGUAUUUUUCAUUCCUCUAUAAACAGGGAUGUAAGCGAAGAUUUUACUUUUGUUUUUACUUUUUUACUUUUAUGUGAACAUCUCAUUAAACCGACACGAGAUCAGUCUAUAUAAUUAUUUCUGAGAUAUUUUGAGUCAUCCAAAGACAGUUGUUUAAAGCUUUAGCACGUCACUUUUUGAUAUUAAUGAACGUCCGUUACAUUCAAGCCAUUGCCAAAAAGAUCACAGAAGGUUUUUAUCAUGUGGACGCGCUGACAGUUUUGUCAUUACUUAUGGGGGGGACACAAACUACAUGCUAUAGCUUUAAAGAGUGAAGAAAGGUGGAGGAUGUUGAGCUGAGACAAGUUGAAAGAUGUGUAAUUAAAUUCAUUCAAAACAGGAGAUCUCAUUAAAAGGCAUCAUAAUACACAACAAGUUGUGUAUUGAUACUAAUUUAAUUGUUUAUAAAUGUCUCUUUAUUUUUAUUUUUUGUAAUUUAGGGGUUUUAAAAGAAUUAAUGUAACAUAACUAAUAUAAAGAAUGAGUUAUAAGGUGGACUUAUGAGAUUAUUUUGAUGGAUGAAGUGUUUGAUUGAUUAUAAAAAUACAUGAAACUUGGAAGUGAGACUACAUAAAAGGGAAAGAGCUGUGAGAAGUUGAUGGAUAGUGUAAAAGAGAAUGAAAUCCUUUAAUUUGUUUUGUCCAACUUCUGAAAUAGUUUUUAUACAAACAUUUAUCUUCAUAUUAAGUUUUUUAUUUUGUUAUUUGUUUACUACUUUGUAUGUUUUUCUCCAAGAUGUUGAUGAACGAUGCUUUAUGUUUCCUAAGUACUUGGAAUAUGCAACUAUUUUAUACUUCAUCUAAUUUUAAAUGAUCUUUUUACUGCUACUUAUUACUCCUACUACUACUAUAUUGGGAUUUGUUUUUGUUGUUUGCUUAAUUAGACUCCUGUUAUUGCUACAAUAUAUUGAUAUCUAUAAUUACUAACAGAAAUAUCAGUCAGUAAAAAAGGGUUAUUUUCUUUUACUGUAAUAAACAGAGCCUUCAUAACGUCA